GGCAGUACAUGUUCGGUGGACGACAACUGCCGGUGUGGGAUUCCUCUAAUAGUGGCCAGUAAAUGUACAGAAAUUCCCUGGAUCAUGGAGGAGGCAGGCGAGCAUUGACCUCCUGCGAGUCCCAAAGUACGACCGCCAAUGCGUCACUCUGCUCCGUGCACCAGCUCCACUCAUGGCCGCUUUCGCUCCUGCUACCGUGGCCGAAGAUUUCAAUAACGAACAGCAAUGGUGUGCCCUUUGCUCUGAACGACUGCAGGGUACGGAGCCCAAAAUACUUGCCUGUUUUCACCGGUUCUGCCGGCCCUGCCUAGAAAUAAGGGUCGCCGAACCAGACCGCAUUCGGUGCCCUAUUUGUUACCAGGAAAGCCAGCUUGGUGAUCUUGGGGUGGACGGUUUGCCGUCCGAUCUUUUCAUAAGUAAUAUUUUGGAUGUGGUUGGCAGUCAUGAAGAUGAAGGAGACUCCCUUGUAUUGCCGUCUGACCGGCGGACGUGCAGUUCAUGUGACGAGGGGCAAGUUGCAUCCAGGCUUUGUAGGGAUUGCAAUGAGAUGCUAUGUGAAAGCUGUGUGCUAGCCCACCAGCGAGUCCGAUUAACAAAAGACCACCAGAUAGUUACACUACAAUCCUCAGGGCUCAGUACAUCAGGAAGUCACCUCAGACAUUCACAGCACCAGUCCUACCAAGCCCAAAUACAACCAGUGUCUGAUCGGCCCCCAAGCUAUUGUGAAAUCCAUCAAAAUGAGGUCUUACGGUUGUACUGUGAUUCCUGUAGCAAAGCCAUAUGCCGUGACUGUACUAUGAUGGAGCAUCGUGGACACAGCUGCGUGUAUCUUCAGAAUGCAGUUGAAGACAGCAAAGCUAUUACCCUCCGUCUGCUCAGUGAUGCCAAAAAUGGAAUGCAAGCUUUGCAAGAGAGUUUGUCCCACGCUAAAACCAUGGCUGAGAGAGUUGAAAUGAGAACACAGUAUGUGAUCAAGGAGGUUCAGACAACCAUGCAUCGACAUCAGACAGCACUUGAAGAACGGGAACGAGAUUUGCUUCGUAAGGUAGACAAAAUCCGGCAGGUAAAAGGACGAGCAUUACAUAUGCAAAUGGAAGAUUUGAAGCGUGGCUUAGAGAGUGUCUCAAAUUGUGUGGGUGCUGUGGAGAAGGCUUUGCAAAGUGGCACUGACUUAGACGUUCUGAAGACCAAGGAUGUAAUUGUCAAUCAGAUGCAGUCACUGAGGAGUCUUAGGGGUCAUCUGCAGCCACAUGAAGAUGAUCAGAUUGUAUUUACACCCCCAGAUGCUGCCCUACAUACUGCCAUCAGCUCUAUGGGAUUCAUCAGUAGUGGUGCCUAUGCUCCGACAUCAUAUGCCACAGGUGAUGGGCUGAAGCGUGCACUUCAGGGGAAAAUCACAACUUUUGUGGUGCAUGCCAAGGAUCAUAAUGGUGAAUGUCGGUGUAUCGGAGGUGAAGCUGUGGAAGUUAUAAUCCAGGGACCAGAGGGGGGCCUCUACCCUGCUGAAGUCAUUGAUCGUCAGAAUGGCACUUACACUGCCAGUUACCGGCCACAGCUAGAAGGUAGGCACGUUGUGUCCGUCACAAUCAGAGGAACCCAUAUCCAGGAUAGCCCCUUUGUUGUAACUGUCCGAACUGGUCGUAAUUACUCUAAUAUCGGCCAUGUCCAGCUUGCAUUUGGUACAGAAGGUGAAGGUGAUGGUCAUCUGUGUCGUCCAUGGGGUAUAGCUGUCAAUAAGGACAAUUUCAUUGUCAUUGCUGAUCGUAGCAACAACCGCAUUCAAGUCUUCAAUCCGGAUGGAACAUUUCAUCACAAAUUUGGUUCGGCUGGGUCUCGAAAUGGGCAGUUUGACCGUCCAGCAGGAAUCGCCAUCGACAAUCAAGGAAAUAUAACUGUUGCAGACAAGGAUAAUCACCGAAUACAAGUCUUCACAUUUGAGGGGCAGUUCCUAUUCAAGUUUGGUGAGAAAGGAAGUAAGAAUGGUCAGUUCAACUAUCCCUGGGAUGUUGCUAUCAACAGUGAAGGAAAGAUCCUGGUGUCAGACACACGUAAUCAUCGCAUCCAGCUCUUCCAUCCAGAUGGCACCUUCUGCAAUAAGUACGGCUUUGAGGGAGCAUUGUGGAAACACUUUGAUUCUCCAAGAGGUGUUGCAUUUAACAACGAGGGCCAUGCAGUUGUCACAGACUUCAACAACCAUCGCUUGCUUGUCAUCCAUCCAGAGUUCAAGACAGCUCGGUUCCUAGGCUCAGAAGGAACUAAUAAUGGGCAGUUUCUCAGACCUCAGGGAGUAGCCAUCGAUCAAGAAGGCAACAUCAUCGUAGCCGACUCCCGAAACCAUCGCAUUCAAGCAUUUCAGCCCAAUGGUAAUUUCCUGUGUAAGUUUGGCAUUCAGGGGACGCAACCAGGUCAACUGGACCGCCCAUCUGGAAUCUGUGUCACCCAUGAUGGCUUGAUUUUAGUGGUCGACUUUGGCAACAAUCGUGUGCAAGGUUUCUGAAUAUAAAAAUGUAUACGGGUAUUAUAUAAGCCGUCAAUCGGUGGAUGGCUGGUGAAAAAGUGAAAAUGGGCCAGUACCUUUAAGUUGUUUGCAUUUGGCUACAUCACAUUAAACAAAUUGUAAAGUAUGUGCUUAUUGUUGGUGUUGAAAAGUUUUGCCUUGCAGUGCUCAAAGCAUUGGACUUGGCUGUGCUUUCCAGUACUUGUGGUACAUAUUCCUAGUUAACCCUCACUACAAAGGAAAAAAAAAACAAUUGUAAUUUUUGAAAAUGGUGUGUUUUUUUCUUCCUCUGGCAUAUUGUAUAGAUUGAAAUUAUGCUUGCAUGUGAUGUAAAUGUAAAAAUACAAUUAUAUUUUAUCUAAAGUGCUUUCUCAGGAGAUUUUGUGAUGUGUGUUAAAAUGCAAACAUCUUAAUGGUGCUGGGGUUAGAAAUAGGUAUUUUUAUUUGUCAAGCAGAGUAAAACUUUUUUGCGUGGUGAUUGUUUAAAGGUUCCCAUAACCUGGAGAUUGUUGGGUAAGUUGAUAGCAGAUCUGCAUGAUUAGUAUGUUCAAAAUUAUGCAUUUUAAAGCUGCCUGAUAAAAAUGAACGUGCUCUUUAGAUAGAAAAGUUUACAAAAAAGAAUAGUAAUUCAUUGAAAAGCAUCCAUAUUUGGCCAAAUGAGAAUGCGCAUAAUCAAAUUUGGAAGAAAAGGCAAAAUCUUUUCUUGUAAAAUUGUCCCAGCUGAUCUUGUAGGUGUUGUCAAUGUGAGCUGUGGUACCUUGAUAGUGCCACACUAAAAUAUAAACUCUUCCACCACCAAAGAUUUUUAACUGUUGAGAAUAUUUAGUGUUUUAGCCAGACAUCAGCCUAAGGUGAUGUUUUUGUGCAGGUCCAACCAUGCAGUGAGAUGCUAACGUCUUGUGCAGCAGAAAUUUAUGAUUUUUUAUACUGGAAAAGACAAGUGCUUAAAAAGCGAUACAUUCAGGGUUUAAUACAUGUACAUGUAUUAGUGUGCAGUAUUUAAGUCUCUGCAAGGCUGCCUUUUGAAAUGGAAGGACAUACUUCUGAGGUUGGUUAAUUUCAGAAAGGCAGCUGAAGUACAUGUAAUAAGCAGUUCAUGAAAUAGAUUUUAGAAUAUACAUGUAAGGUGUCACAGAAUUCAGGUUCUUCAGCACUCUUCAAAUUUAACCAUAAAACAACUGUAUGCCGGAAUCAUUUUAGGAAUGUUGGACAAAUGUUUGCUUACUCUUAUAUUAAACUCAACCCCACAAAACCUUAAAAGCUUAAAGUACCUCUAUUGCUACUGAAACUACCAAAAUUAUUAGUAAAUGAUUCCAAUGUACCGGUAUACUCCUUAUGUUUGAAAUACAAGUUGAAAGUCUCUUUGCUCUGCAUAAAAUUUGUUUCAAGAAAUUGCCUGCCAAAUUGACAGAUAAGUUUGAAUACCAUUUUGUUCUUUUUAAGUCGUUGUGAUUGCCAUUAAACAUGUACAUUUAUAAAUGCAUGUGUUUUAGAUUUCACCAGUUUUAAAUUGUACCUCAUUGUAAUUGUCUUGCUCCUCUUAUUAGACUUGCGUGUAGGUUUUGUAGUACAAAGCAGUGCCUUGGUUUAAGGUUCAUGUGGGGAAUUUGUCUCUUUUGUUGGUGUUUAUUUUCUUCUCUGAUGAACACUUUGCGAUUUUGUUUUGAGCAUCUGUAUAUAGUCAUACUUGUAAUUGUUGGAAUCGAUUCUUUGAUGUUUGAACUUGUGACAUUUUGUGUUCCUUGUUUUGUUAGGCUUAUUAUAGUGGACAGUUAAUCACAUUUGUAUUUUUCUAUAAUAUUGUGUUCUUGCUUGGCUCUCUUACAGAUGUUUACCUCAGAAGCUCAAUAAUCGAUACUUUCGAUACAUGUAAUUUACCUGCGCCAGUUUGAACUGCAUGUACUUCAGAAGUACGCAGCGCUUUUAAACUCAGGAAAAAAUCUCAGGCUUUCUCAAGGUACAAUGUUGCACUCCCAACAAUUAGGCCAAGCCUCCAAUAACACAUGUCAAUGUAUAAAUGUCUCAUUGUAUCAGAGUUCAUUUCGAUAAUAAGCUAAAAGACGCAUACUCAAAUGCCAAACAAGUGCAGUAUUCAACUUGCAAAAAGGACAUUAGACAGAGUGGACUAGGUAAGGUAUGACUCAGUGUUAAUGCGCUUAUAAUCUCACCCAUUAAUCACAGUUGAGUACAACAUGUCUUCUCCCCUUUAAUAUACAUGUACUUAUCCAUGCUCAUAGAGGUCUCAUUAGAAUGCCAGAUUGGUCACUUCAUUCGCUUGGAGGUUUUUUUUUUGUGGCAGAAAAAACUUUCACCCUUGCCUUACCACCGACCAAAUUGUUUGCUUAUACAUGUACAUGUAAUGAUGUAUGACAGAUCAAAAUUCAACAAUAAUGCUUCAUUUAAACUUGAUCUAAGAUUCCUUGAUCACCUUUUUUUCGUCAGUUUCUUUAACACAACCACUUUUUUGUCAGCUUAGCUUCGGUGGCAAACUGCAGUGCUGUGCACAAAUUUGGUGAAACCAACAUGGCGACCAAAGCAGUGUAGAGUGCAUGCAUGUAUGUGUAGGUCACUUGGACUUAAUCUAACCACAGCAUUAUGCAGGAGGUCAGUUUCCUUAGCUGCUUGCCCUGACUACCUUGCUUAAAGGGACUAACAGGAUCACUGUCUUGUACCUUGUUGAAAAAAACUGGAAAUUGUUUGAAUUGUGUGUAUGGGAAAGAAUUGUGUAUAAAUUGCCAAAGGUACACACAAUGAAGGACUAUUCUGGUAAAGCAGAAUGACAGUUAACCUUUUUUUGACUGUUCAGUAUGGAAUUUCACGUUGCUUCUUACAACGUUACAUGUACUUUAGCCAGAAACACACCAUCAAUUGAACUGUUGUUCAAAACUAGGUUUUUUGAUAAUAUCAAGAAGGCUCUUUUUUGUUCCAGGAUUGGUACGUGUAUUUCAAUUUUGGUGAGAUUUAAGGGUGUCGUGGCGCUGUGCUAAUGAGAAACAAAAGGUUCUGUGAAAUUACACAAUUGUUUUCUUUAAAAAUGAAUGAGAGUGGAUUGCUUAUGUAGCAUCACAGUUUCACAAAUACUGUCCUGUUCACUGCAACUUGUAUUGCUAUAUAUGCCUCAGUGACUGUUACAAGUGAUGGCUCCUUUCAUGCUGGACUGUUGGACUAUUCAUUUUACAACUAAGGGGAACAGUGUUCAGAAUAAGUCCUUGACCUUAAACAGAAAGACCAGACCACAAGUCAGUUUGAAACUGACCUGGAAAAUAAGGAUUCAGUAUUUUUCUGUUGGUGAUAAAGAAAUCAGUAUGCAUGCUUUAAGAGGUCAGCUCUUUUAAACACCUGUAGAUAGUAAACAUGGGAUAUCAGUCUAAAAUGGAUUAAUAACCAGAGGCUAGUUUACAGAUCUCCAAAAGAUAAUUGUAAAUGAAGAAUAAGAAAUGGACAUACAUGUGUAACCUGUGAAAAAGUGUUUGAGAAACUGGAAAACGUUGCAUACCCCUGUGCCAUCUCCUGAAAAAUGUUUAAUUUUUUCUUUGAUCAUUUAAAAAAAUGUGCCAAAUUUGGUUAACUUUGUCAAAAGAGACUUUAGAAAUUCUUGCAUGGGAAUUCACUGUUCAUUGAGAGUUCAAAAUAGUACCUGUUUUACUGUGGGAUUUAUACACGUAGUUUGUUUUCAGUUGGUUGUUUUUUGAGUGAAACAUAGACUUUAGGAGUUGUUGUAUUUACUGCUUAAAGAAAUGGGUAAUGAAGUGAUUUAAGGUGCUCAAUUGUGAAUUUAAGCAGUUUAUAUAUCUCUCAAAAGAGCUCAUACUUUUAUGAAAAGAAGUUUCCUCGAAACCGCUUUUGCUUUUCCAAUCAAAGACAUACAGGAAAUGUAGACACAUUAUUUGAGAUACUGUUGAAGAUAUACUUUGCUUGUAUGUGUAAUUCAGAAAUAGCUUGUAGAGGGAUUUCAGAUCGAAGGCUUUUGAAAUGUGUGCUUUUAAUUGUUGACAUUAUGUAUCAUUUAUAUAAGUGUGUGAUUUAUUCAGAAGGGUACCAGACGGACAUUUAUACAAAUGCUCAACCAGCAUCUGAUCGUCUUGAUCAGCUCAGCUGUCUUACAUUUUAUAAGUAGAUGAGAAGAAAGGGAAAGAUUGUAACAGUUUGAAGUAAAUUUGGAUGCGUGAAGCAUUUGCACAUUUGGAUAUAAUUAUUCCUCCAGUUUCUUCUGGGCGAUGCUAAAUUGUGAGUAGGUUACACUGUGAUAAGUCUGCACAGUUUAGUAUUUUUCUGCAUGUAAUGAUAGAAUACUUGCUAAAAAUCAAAUGGUAGUGCUUUGAGUAUUAAACUGUUUAGUGGAUAUUAGCAAAUAUGUCACUACAACUGACAACAACUACCUUGGGUUUUGCAAUUUAGUUACAAUUUUGAUUCACUUUUAUACAGCAAAUGGGUUUUAAGCCAAGUUUAGUGUUUGAUGUUUCAGAAUGAAGCGUGAUUACUGAAUGAUUGAAUUUUACUUCCAUGCGGUAGAAGUAAAGACUCUAUACUGCCUAAACGGAUGUUUUAAAAAUUGUAUUAAAACUCUUACGCUUCUGUUAUGAUAACUGCUGUGCUGUACAUACUAGCUUGCCUUCUGCAGCCUCGCUGCUAGGUCCAUGUUUGUGCUGCGUCAUUACAUUUUAUGGGAUUUACAAAUUGCAAAGCAAAGCCUUAGGUGUGUAGCUGUAUGUACAUGUAACUUGAAUUACGGGUAGCCUUGUGGGUGGUGUGUCUCUAAGAUCCCAUCAAAGGCUUUUUUUUUUCUCUUCAAGUCCCAUCUAAAUGUCGACAAAUAUAGUGCUUUGCAAAGUUGCAUCUACCUCAAUAGUGUGGUGAAAUGUGGCUCGAUUUUUAUUACUCAAGAGCUAGCUCUACUACUCUGUUUAAACUCAGGUAUUGUACAAAUGUAGGUUUUUUUUUUAUAAAAGCAAGCACUCAGAUGUGUCUGUUAAAGAUAGAAAUAACCUAGGUCAUUAUGAAUGUUUAUUUGCAGCUGAGUGAGAUGUAACAAGACAAUGUUUCCAAUGCCAAGCAUUGUUAUCAUUUUAUGCUAUUCUUGUUUUGGGUGGCAUUUUAUGUUUCUGCAAGACUUCAUACUCGAGUCCUACUGUGCAUACAUUUUUGUAAACUCGGUGGGAGAGGUUUCCUCUGAGUUAACCCAAUAUAAAAUGUACACGUACAUUUAGCUUGGUAGGUUACUUCUGGAAUAGUACACAUUGGCAAUCCUUUGUUAGUGCUCGGUUCUGAUUUAGUUCAACAUUAAAAACCCUUCUUCCUUGUUGAGUGCAUGUGUCUGGAGUAAAUUUCCUCCACAUCUCAAGAUUACUGUUUUCCACAUGAUAAAUUUGUAUGAAAAGUUGAAAACACAAUAUUAGUUCAGCCCUUAAAAACCCGCUUGAAGCUGAUCUGUUAAAGAGUCAGAUGACUUGUCUUACAUUCACAAGAUUUAAGUGGACAGUUCAUCUCCAUAAAUUUACAAGCAGAUGUCAUCUAAAAUAGUUUUGGUCAUAUUGAAUGGAAUCCACUCUGUAGAGAUCUGUUACUGCGUUGAUUUUUUAAUUUGAAAUUUGUAUAAGUGUUUAUUAGAACGUUGCAUUGUUGCUUGGUUUUUGUUAGGAAUUGUCAUUAGAAUCUCUUUGUCUUUAUAUUGUUGAUUUAAAAAUGAAAUAUUAGAAUGAAAGAUCAGAUGACUGUUAUCCAAACAAUUUGGAUGAGUUGGUAAUUACAUGUAGUCGGUUGGUGGUUGAGGAAGGGAAUACGAGUGUUGCCAAAAGCCAUUUGAUUUUCCUGUCAAUGAUUGAUGUAAUUAACAAAGUUCAACUUAAAAUGCUGCAUGUUUGUGUAUUUAGUCAUUAAAUCAGACAACUGUAGGUGGUAGUUUUUAUUAACUUGUAUCAUUAAAAUGUAGUCUAAAUGGUCUUUAAAGGGUAAGGGGAUGCAUGAUUGCUGCUUGUGAGUGGUGAAAGUUUACAAGGCGUUAACACCUAAAGCCCCUGCAUCCUACUUCCAUUGUAAUAAUUGGCAUUGGCUGGAAGCUCAAAACAAGCUGGCAUCAUUUGGCCAGGGUUUUAUCUCAUGGUGAAACUGUUUAAUUUGGAAAGUCUUCUGAAAUCUCUAUCCAAAUUUCACUGUGGAGAAGAACAUAUGGUUUGUUUGUACAGAACUGAUAAUGCUGCAAAGGGAUGGGCUAACACUAUGAAAUAAACAUAGCAAAUGAAGUCUAUUCGCAUGUGCCAUGAUUACUAGCAUUGUAGAUUGAUGGACCAGGUCCAAGUUUGACAUAAAUACCUCGUUGAAUCGUAAUUUGUAUAAAAGAGUAAUACUGGAAUUGUAUAUGGACUUAAGAAGAAAUGGACAGGUUAUGUUCUUUUAAGGAAAUUUAUUAGAACAGUUACAAAAAAAUGAUUGAACAAGACCUGUUAUAAUUUUGUGACAUAGAUGUAGAAUAACACAAAUGGUUCGCCAAUGAAUUUGAAUGCAGAUUUUCAAGCCGUGGUUAACUGAUGAUCAAUAUGUCCUAUAAGUAUACAGAUUAAUGUAAUCGUGAUAAUGGGAUGCACACGGAUCAGUUUGAAAGUUCCAUCAGCGCUGGAUACAUGUAUUUGGAAACUGUAAUAUUUGCAUUCAAUUUAGUGACAAUGUUCAAAAUACCUCCUUUGACUUGUUAAAGUAAUCCCUCUCUUUUGGGCACUUUGGCAUAUUAUGCACACAAUUUGGUGUAUUGUAGUUUUAGUGUUUAUUCAUGUAUUAAAUUGUUCUAGUGUAGAUGAGUGUUGAAAUGAGUAGUUCGUGUAAACUGUUUCCAGCUGUUUUUAUGUGGCCUUUCUGAGAUGGAGGCAUCAAGCCAUUUCAACAUGGCUGCUUCGGAAAAAAUGUGUUUUUUCAUGGAAAAUUUCAUUGGGUGACUUUUCCAGUUCAAGAGGGAUCAAGUGCUUGAGUGGUGGAAUAGUGGUACGUAAUUGCCUUACUGGUUGUCCUGUUACAUAUGAUACAACUGAUUUUGCUUGGAUUUUUAUUUUGUGUUUUGCAAGACAUGGGAAUGUUGUCAUUUUUGUUUGCAGCAACUGGUAUCUUGUUUACAAUUUCUGUGUUCUUCAGUACGAUAUUCAGAAAUAUUCAUUUAGUAAUCUGUCAUACACACAGCAAACAUUAAGAGGGGAUAAUUGUAUCUGUGUGCAUUGUCAUACUACGUCCAGGUACUGGUCAGAGCUGAAAACACUUCACUCCUUCAGGAGGGAAAUCUAUCAGCAUUUUAGUCACAAGGAAAGUAGACUUGCUGUAGGUUUUGUUUUAAGCAGUCAUAUGACAACGGAUGUACCGUCCUUUUCUCUGUGUUUUUAUGCAUGCAUUGCUCAAUAGAAAAACUGCUGGUUUGCAUAUAGGGGUUUGUAAAUCUUAUUUAAAGGCUACCUCUAACAAGUACAAACUAUUAAUGCCAACAGGUUUCAGUGAAACAGUUGCGUUGAUGUCUGUGUUAUUUUCAGAUGUCAUCUAUUCCAAAUUUCUAAUACUAAUCAAAGAGUGCUUUGGCUUUUCUGAGGGGGUGAUUAAUUAGGUAUUUGAGAACAGUGACAAUCUCUUUCUGAAAGAGUUGUUUUAAUAAUUGCUUUGUCUUGGAGUGUACCUUUAAGGUGAUGUACCAUACAUGUCUUAUUAGCCAAGCUUACCUCAUGCAUCAGACAGAAUGUCAAAUGUUUCAUUUGUUCAAGCAAAUAAAAGAAAGGCCAAGAAAAUAA